UGUUGCAGUUCAUCAGUGUGUCUGACUCUUUUGGUGUCUCCUACAGAAGGAUCUAGAUUGGUUUUACACUCUGGCCAAGGAUCUACAGUUCCUCACAUUCUAGAUCUCACUUGAAAGUUUAACUCUUCAUCAAAAACCACUGAGGAAUCCCUAAUAAACCCCAAAGAGAGAAAAUUGGUGCCAGCCACUCGCCAACUUUAAAUCACCAUGACAAGCACCACCAGCGACCAAAAGGACACCUCCUGCCCCCUGAUGGCCAAACCUCACUGUCAGCGGCUGGUCAGCAAGGACGGCCGGAGCCUGAUGCGAGGCAGUGCCCCGGGCUCCAGAGAGACGUGGUCCGGGGCCCUGCGGGACAUGUGGGGGACGUGGCUGGCGCUGCGCUGGCGUUGGGUGGUGCUGGCGUUCUGCGGUUCAUUCCUCCUUCACUGGCUGCUGUUUGCCGUGUUGUGGUAUCUGCUCGCCCGUGUCAACGGAGACCUGAAGGUGCCUGAUCAUGACUCUCCACCGCCUGGUCAUGUGCUGUGUGUCAAACACGUGACGGGCUUCACCGCCGCCUUCUCUUUUGCCCUCGAGACACAGCUGACCAUCGGGUACGGCACUAUGUACCCCAACGCUGACUGUCCGACCGCCAUAGCCCUGCUCGCCCUGCAGAUGCUGCUGGGACUCAUGCUGGAGGCCUUCAUCACCGGUGCAUUCGUUGCUAAAUUCUCCCGCUCUCAAAAGCGCUGUGGUGGGAUCCUGUUCAGUCCUCAGGCCGUAGUAUGUGAGGUCAGAGGUCAGCAUUGCCUGAUGUUCCGCGUCUGUAACCUGCUUCCACGGCCGCUGGUGGACGUGUGCGUGAGCGCCGUUCUCUAUGAAGAACGUGACAAUCACGAACUCCACCAAACAGCGAUAGAAUUCAGUGUCGAUAACCUGGGGUCACGACCUUGCCCUCUUUUCCUGUCACCUCUGACCUUUUAUCACCCUCUAACUCCAACCAGCCCUCUAAACAGCGCCACAAGCAGCAAACACUUCGAGCUGGUGGUGUUCCUCACCGCUUCUCAGGAGAGCACAGGCUCCGGAUACCAGAAGAGGACGUCCUACCUGCCCGACGAGAUCCAGUACGGAAGCUGCUUCGCCAAGGUGACGUCUCGGUACGGCAAAGGCCGGGGCAAAGCCGAAAGCAUGCGCUAUUUUGACACGCAUCCCUGUCAUCUCACACUCCCAAACACACACACCGGCGACGCACUGGAGAAAGAGCACAUGGUGGUCCAGAUCAACGGAGAAGGCAGUGACCGGCUGGAGUAGCAGUGCUUUAUUCUUCUCUGCUCAUGAGGAGGGCAUUUCAUUUCACAACACAACCUCAAGUUUAUGACUUUUUAUCCCAAAAGACAACCUCAGUUAUUUAGGAUCUGAUAUGUCAACCCAUCCCAUUAGAAACACAUCAAAACCAUUUUUGCUGCUACGGACACAUUUUUGUUUUCCAGAGCAACACAGAUGAGUGACGGCUGCUUAAGAUCUUGUCGGUAAUAAGAGGAAUCUCCAAUAAUUGUAAGUUGAAAUUCUUCACCCUGAAAACCACCCGUUUGAGCCCUUAUUUAUUUGGUGACUGGACAAUGUCACUGUGGUAACUGUAAUGUACAUAACUGAGUAGAAAGGCCUGUUUUCAAAAAGCGCUACACACAGAGCUGGGUAGGUUACUUACAAACUGUAGUCCGUUACUGAUUACAAAUUACAUGAUGGAAAUUAAAGUUUGUAAUGUAAUCUGCUGGAUUACACAUAUCAGAUCAUGUAUUCAGAUUACUUUUAGACUACUUUUUGACCUCUUUGAAUAUAUUCCCUUCUUUUUUGUCAACAUCAUGAAAUGUUUUAAACAUUACAUUAAGCCAGGGAUUUGUUCAUGAACUACAGGGGCUUUGAGGAUUGAAGAAAAGCUGGAAGACUUUCCAAAAGUAUAAACGCAGUAGAAAUAGAAAUAGAUUUAAGAGAGAGAGAAAAACAAAAUGAUGAAUUAUGAAUAAUUCACUGCCAUUGUGUAAUUAUGUAAUCUAUAAAAAAGUAACUGUAAUCCAAUUAUGAGCAUUUUAAAAAGUACUCAAUUUUAGGAAUCCGAUUACAUUGUGCAGUAACUCUGUUACUAUCCAGCACUGGCUACACAGACAUGAGUGAUCCUUGUCCAGAAAGUAUUUUUAUCAUAUGUUAUGGAUAGUUCAACCAAAAAUGAAAAUUCUGUCAUCAUGUACUCUACAGAAGUGGAUGAUCAUUCAUUAACAUAGAGCGUUGCAGUGAAAAUGAAUUUUUUUGUAGGCAAACCCGGAAGUUCACUCUGGUUUGCUCGAAAAAA